GAUCUGGCAUUUUGACGUGUGCAGGAGGGAAUUCAGCUGCUAUGCGCUACUGCAUUCGCUCUUGUUGAGCCAACGGACGAAUCUCGAGUCGCCAAAAGCAACAACGCGACCGCCCUCUUGUCCGUGUGACUGAAGCGGCACGCUCCGGCGAGCACAUCACAGCCAGCAGCCAGCUGCCUCUCUCCAUCGCUCUCGAAUCCUUCUCGCUGACCGAGCGUCCGACCACAUUGUCUGGCUGUCGUGAGCAAGGAUGGCAGCACCUGCGAAUCUGCACCAGCUGGUGAUAGAGAUGGGCAACUGGGACAAGGACAAGCGGUUCAUGGCCGCCAGCGACCUCACCCAGGAGAUCAUCAACUGCUCCACACACCAGUCGCUCGACCAGUCCACCGCGACCAAGGUCUGCCAGGCAUUCCUCACGCAACUCGAGGACCAGUCAAUCGACGUGCAGGUCAGCCAAAUCGAGGGGCACACACAUACACCCACACACGCCCACAACACACCAACACACGCAGAGCGCCUCCCUCUCCCUCUCCCCCUCUCAAUGUGUGUGUGUGUGUGUGUGUGUGCAGGGUAAUGCGGUCAAGUGUCUCGCGAAGAUCGUGGGCCGGUUUGGCGAGCAGCAGAUCACCGACGUCAUGGGUCGGCUGGCGUCCUUGGUGCUCGACGCCAAGGCCGAGGUGCGUGACAUCUACGCCACCUGUCUGAAGGGCCUGAUCUUCGAGCUGCACGACAGCUGCAGCACCAUCGUCUGCCAGGCCGUCAUCCCCAAGAUGCUCCAGGGCAUCACGCAGACAGUCAGCAACAACCCCGCCACGGACACGGCCAUCAAGGAGGAGUGCACCGACGUGCUCCACGACCUGCUCAAGCGAUUCGGGGAGAACAAGAUGUGGUUCAACGAGCAGGUACGCUGUGUGGUGUGCGUUGCUUUGUUGUGUUCACCGCACCAUCAACCAUCCUGUGUUUGGCGUGGUGUGGUGUGGUGUGGUGUGUUGUGGCGCAGGAGCCGGUGUCCCACGCCUUGCUGAAUCUGCUGUCCUCCGCCUACCGCCCCUCCGUCCGCAAGCGCGCCAUCGCGUGCAUCGGUGUGCUCUCAGCGGUCAUGUCGGACCGUCAGCUGCACGGGCUGAUCCGGGUGCUGCUGCAGAACGUGCGCAACGCCAACACCAAGUCCAACAAGCAGAUGUACAUCCAGUGCGUCGGGACGGUCGGCCGCAACGUGGGCUUCCGCAUCGGCAGCCACCUCAGCGAGAUCGCCCCCCUGUUUCUGAGCAUAUGUGGCGAGGACAGGGAGGGCGAGGAGGACACGGCCAUGGACGGGGGCGACGCAGAGGCCGAGCACGAGGUGGUGGAGAACUGCCUCACCGCCAUAGAGUCGUUCGUCAUCAAAUGCACCCAUCAGGUACCCCUCCCUCCCUCCCUCCCUCCCUCCCAUCUCGCCUCUGUGUACGGUGUGUGGCAUUUCGUGUGGUGUGGUGUGGUGUGGUUGUCUAGAUGGUUCCGUAUCUGGAUCAGCUGAUCAAGAAGUCUUUGGCGUUGGCCGAGUACGACCCUAACUACUAUGCGGGCGGUGAUGAUGACGACGAGAUGCUCGACGGUGAGGAGGCCGACGAGUACGACGACGAGGGGCUGGCCGAGAGCGAUGACGACGACACCUCUUGGAAAGUCAGGAGGGCCGCUCUCAAGGUCGGGCGACUGACACACACACGGAGAGAGAGGGAGAGGGGGAGGUGCACAUGUGUGUGGUGUGUGUGUUGUGUUGUGUUGGGGGGGUGUGCAGGUGUUGUCCGCGUUGAUUCGUUCGCACCCGGACCGCCUCGAGAAGUUUUACACGGCCCUGACAGCCCCGCUCGUGAGCCGCCUUAAGGAGAGGGAGGAGAACGUCCGACUCGACGUAUUCAACACCGUCGGCGAACUCGUCAAGGCCGCCGUCGUCCACCAGGUGCCCCACGCCCUACAGUCCCCCUCACCGCUCCCCCACAUCUGCAUUGGGCCUGUGUGGUGUGUGGUGUGUGUGGUGUGUGGUGUGUCAGGAUACGCCCACUGGUCCGUUGGAUUUCGAGAGCAGCGGUGCGGAGCGGUCGACGAGCGGCGCCAUGGCACAGCAGGAGCGCAACAAGGCCGCCCUGCCCCGCCAGCGACCCGCAGCGGCCAUCUUCAUCAAGGAAUUCGAACGAGCAAACGCCGUCCCGCGUAAGACCUCACAAUAUCUCUCACACCACACACCUGACUACUCCUAUGCCGUGUUUAUGUGUGUAUGUGUAUGUGUGUGUGUGUGUGUGUUGGUGUCUGUCAGUGAUGCUUCGCCACCUGCGCAAUUCGUCGCUCAAGACCCGACAGGGCGCUCUGCAGCUUUUCAAGACGAUCGCCCAGAACCUGCCCACCGAGCUGGAGCCGUGGCUGCCCAAGAUGCUGCCCGAGCUGGUCAAGGGCCUGCAGGGCUCACACAGCAGCAUCCGGCUCGACGCACUCGUGCUGCUCUUCCUGCAAGCCGAGCACUACCAGGUCAGUCAGCACCGACAGAUCGACACACAGACAAGUGUGUGUGUGUGUGUGUGGAUGGGGGGCUUAUUUGUGUGUGUGUGUGUGUGCAGGAUGCGAGUGUGUUCCAGGGGAUGGCGCCCACUCUGUAUCCCAUAUUUCUGAAGCUGCUUGACGACAGCUACUACAAGAUCGCCGCGCAGUCGCUGCGGGUGUGCGGGGCGUACGUCUAUGCGCUGCGCCCCGACCGCACGGAGCCCCUCGACACACCCAUGGAGCAGUACCUGCACCCCCUCUGGGACGCACUGCAGGCCAAACUCACUCAGGCCGACAUUGACCAGGUCAGACAGGCACACAGGGAGGGAGGGAGGGAGGGGGGAUGGUGUGCAGACGAGUGGUGCGAAGAUGCAUGGGUGUGUUGCGGUGUGUUGUGUUGAGUGCAGGAGGUGAAGGAGUGUGCGUUGUACUGUUUCGGCCACAUGCUGGCUGUCGUGGGGGACGUCCCCGCAUUCGCCAAGUCCAUCGACGCGGCACUCAUGCCGUUCGUCGACCGACUCAAGGUACUCACCCCCCCAGAACCACCACCAAGGCGUUCUCGUCAAGCGUGCCCCUCCCUCCCUGCCUGUGUGUGUGUGUAGAAUGAGGUGACUCGCAAGACGGCCCUUGCGAGUCUCAAGACGGUGUGUGCGUCGCCUCUGUCCAUCAACCUGGACCCCGCUCUGGUGCCGGCCAUCGCCCACCUGUCGUCGCUCCUCAACAACCAGAGCCGCUCCUUCAGACAGAUCUGCCUCGACGUACUCGUCGCUCUCGUCCGCAAAUAUGGGCCCAAGGUGGACGCCAGCAUUCUCAACCGACUCCUCGAGUGAGCAGAGGGAGAGAGAAUGUGGUCAAUUAAUGGUUCUCAUGUGUGCCGGAUGUCUGGAUGGAUGUAGGGACUGCACGCCGUACGUCAAGGACACGGACCUGCACAUAGCGGAUCUGUGCAUGCAGCUCAUCACCACCACACUCGCCACGGUGCCGGCGACCGCACCUGUGGUCGCCAAGACCUGCAUGGCCUCCGUUCUUACACUCUGCCGAUCGCCCAUUCUCCAGGUACCAACAUCCAGCCACCCCACCCAGACACAUCCAUCCAUCCAUCCACCGACUCACACACCUUUCCUCUGUGUUUGUUCAGGGCCACACGUUGGUGUCGAUAUUGGAUUUCUUCGGCCACGUGGUGGACCACCCGCAGCACUUCCCGCACAAACAGGUCUUCACCGAGCUGUCCGACGUGUCCCCCUCCUGCCAGGCCACCACCUCCUCACACACCGCUCGGCAGAUCCUCUCCACCCUCGCCAAGUGCCUCGCGCAGUUCGUCGUCAAGUCGCCCGCCAAGACGCAGACCGACGCCAUCAAGGGCUGGCUCAAGCAGCUCACAUCGGCUUCUGGCAAGGAGGUGGGCGGCGCCAGCAACAUGGUCAAAGUGCGCGAGAUCGAGCUGGCCGUGCUGGCUCUCGGAGAGACUGGGCGACUCGGUGAGACACUGACUGACACACGAAGAGGGAGAGAGGGAGGGAGGGAGGGAGGGAGGGAGCGAGGGGGAGGGGGCCAUGGAUGUCAGUCGUGCUGUGAUGUCGUUGUGUGUGUGUGUGUGCAGUGGAUUUGAGCAAGCACAAGGGUGCGUUGGAGGCCUUCCUGGGUCUGUUCCACUCGCCCCACGAGGAGAUCCGCUCGGCGUCCGCCAUCGGUCUCGGCUACGCCACGUGCGGCGCCAUGAGCACCUUCCUCAAGGUGCUCGUCGGCCAGAUCCACUCGAGCGACCGCUCCACACGGUCCGCCAACGGCGCCCAGAACACCCACAAGACCCACUACCUCCUUCUCACGUCGCUGCGUGAAGUCGUGGCCCAGCACCAUGCGGGCACUCCCGCGCCGCCCCCGGCUGCUGCUGCUGCUGGUGGUGCUGGUGAGAUGAACGGCGUCAAGAGCAUCGAGCAGCCGACGUUGACGGAGCACCUGAAGCCGCACGUCAACAAAGUGCUGCCCAUCCUGGUCGAGUACGCCUCGAGUGAGGAGGAGAGCGACCGCACCGUCGUGGCUGAGUGCCUCGGGCAGAUCCUCCUCCUCGACCCCGUCGCCGUCUCGCCCACACUCGCACCCCUCUUCGACACGGACGACGCCAAGAGCCGCACGACAGCAGUGUCUGCCCUCAGGUUCGCGGCGGCCAAGCAGUGCGACAUCAAGACGCUGGAGGGGCUGCAGCCGCAGCUGAUGCGGGCCCUGACGGACAGCGAGCUGAUGGUGCGCAAGGCGGCCCUGCAGACGCUUAAUGUCGUGUGCGUGACGCGCUCGUCGACCUCGCUGCUGAGCGACGUGCAGAUGCAGCAGAACCUGGUGGAGCAGCUCUUUAAAGACACCCAGGUCGAUCAGAAGCUCAUCCGCGAGGUCGACCUCGGACCGUUCAAACACAAGGUGGGUGGGUGGCUCUCACAGACACACACAGAGAGGGGGAGAAGGUCACUGUGUGUGUGUGUGUGGUGUGUGUGAAUGGGUGGUUCUCUCUCAGGUUGAUGACGGUCUGCCGGUGCGCAAGGCGGCCUACACAGCCCUGGCGUCGCUGCUGAACGUGUACCCGGACACGGUGGCGUCUGGUCGUCUGAUGGACUUCAUCCACGUGGGCCUGGCCGACCACGAGGACGUGCAGGUGCUGUGCUGCCAGAUUCUCACCACCCUCGCCCACAUCAACCCCACAGCCGUCAUCCAGAAACUCGAAAAGAUCGUCGACCCACUCGACAAGGCACUCGCCAAGGUCUGUGUGUGAGGGGAGGGAGGGAGAGAAGGGCUGCCACAGGUGAAUGUCCGUCCAUCCAUGUGUGCUGUGCGUUUGUUGUGUGUUUUGUGUGUGUGGUAAUUAAGGCGUUGAAGCAGCUGAGUUCUGGCCAGGAGGUGGAGCGUGUGAGCGACGCCCUGCGGCUCUACACGCGGACGCUCCAGACCGUUCACGACAUACCCGAGGCACGGCAGUGCCAGCCGUUCCAGGUCGGUCCAGGCACACACAACACACACCGCACACAACACAACACACACACCAUUAGUAUUCAUGUCUGUGUGUGUGUGUGUGUGUGUAGGAUUUCCUGCACAAGAUAUCCCGCAAUCAGCAGUUCCAGGCCUUCGGCGACUUCUACAGUGCCGCACAGGUCUGAGCUCUGCUGAUCCAUUCUGGCGAUCUCUCGAGUCUCGCCCCCCUCCCAUCCCUCCGCCAUUCACCAUCUAUUCAUCGCAUGGCAGAUUUAAGGGCAGCCAGCCAGCCAGCCAACCAGUACAGCCAGCCAGACAGACAAACAGCCUGUUGACCGUCCCCUCUCAGCCGUGCCCUUCUCUCUACCUCUGCCUGUGAGGGAGGCCAUUCAGUGACGGCUGUGAUGUGACGAGUGCGUGUGUGAUGUAGGACGGACAGAUCUUUUUGUCCACAUAUCCUCCCGCCCUAUCUCUCCGUCCAUCGAGCUGCCUGUGUCUCUGCCUGCCUGCCUGCCUGCCUGCCUGUCCCCUAUCGCAGUCUUGUCGCUACCUGUCUGCCUGUCUGUCUGUCUGUCUGUCUGUCAGCUCCGUGUGGUCGAUGAUUUCUGGCUAUAUUUGUGAAGAAGUGUCGGGGGGCCCUCCCACUGACUGACUGAGAUGGUGCCUGCGUGUCUCUGCCUACCUGGUGGUGAUCGAUGGAAGCGGGCUGAAUUUGGUCCGCCUGGUGGUGGUGGUGGGCGGGGCGAUUGGGAGUGCAAUCAGUGACGUGUGUGCCUUCCAUUCAUCCCCUUGUUGUUUGCUGCAUGUACCAUACCAUACACACACAUACCGAUGAGUGCGCGCCCAGAAGGGUUGGCAAAACACACAGGCAGGCAGACAGCUGACUGAUUGACGUGCGGCCAGGCCGGCCUCCUUGCAUCUCAUCACUUUGACGAUGUCGGUUUGGUGGUGCAUUCGGCUGGUGUCUUGUCUUGCACCCUCAUGCUCCUGGUCCAGCUGUGCCCAUGCAUUCCAUGUGCACAGCGGAGCCAACAGCUGUGUGGGAGCCAGCACCGGCCAGAAUGCAACACCGACAGACAGACAGCUAACACAGCAGAGCAGAACAUGCAAGACCAUCUAGCUGCAGCUGCACAUGACCGGUGUGUGUGUCCUGCCUUCCAUGUGCCUAUCUACCGAUUGUAUCUCCGUGUGUUGUGUGUGUGUGUUCGUGUCUGUCUGUCUGUCCCUGCAUCAGUGCAGCAAUAUCAAUUGGAUGUGCGAGACUUUUAAUCUCAGUCAAACC